AUGAUCCUGGAAAGUAAUUCAUUUCUCGUCUUGCAGGAAGUAGUAUUUUGUACUUUGUUGGUUGUUGUGGGAGCCGAUAAGCUCCCGUCUACAUCUUACGGAGUACCCGCCAGGGGAAGUGGAGGCUUCGCUGCGGGAUCCAGAGGAGGCUUUGGUAUUUCAUCAGUUAGAGGUUCGGCAGGUGGCUUUGGGACCUCAGCAGGUGGAGCAUUUGAAGGGUCAGCUGGAGGAAGAUUCGGAGCAUCAUCUGGUGGAGCCUUUGGAGGUUCUGGUGGGGGAGGCUUUGGAAGACCUGCUGGUGGAGCCUUCGGGAGUUCAGCUGGUGUAGGUUUCGGGGGAGCUGGCAGUGGAAGUUCUCUUAGUGGAAGUUACACUCCUACAGGUCCCGUAGUCCCCAUCUUAGUAGAUGACCGUCAAGGACCUGAUGAGUAUGGAAACUACAAUUUCAACUUUGAAACUGGUGAUGGCAUCAGUCGUCAGGAGCAAGGCGCCCCUCAGGGUCCAACUGGUGCUGUGGCAGCUCAGGGAGGAUGGACAUUUACUUUCCCCGACGGAACUCCCGCUGAUUUCAGCUUCAUAGCAGAUGAAGGUGGUUACCGAGUGGAGUCUCCUCUUCUGCCACCUCUCCCCGCCCACGCUAUCGCCCAGAUCGAGAAGGCUCGCCAGGAAGACGCCGCUGCAGCUGCCGCAGGUGGACGAGGAUCAUAUAGUGAUGCUUCAAGUUCUGCGCCUCAGUUUACUGGAGCGCCUGCUGGAGGCUUCGGUGGUUCACCUGCUGGUGGCUUCGGUGCUUCACCUGCUGGUGGCUUCGGUGCUUCACCUGCUGGUGGCUUCGGUGCUUCACCUGCUGGUGGCUUCGGUGCUUCACCUGCUGGUGGCUUCGGUGCUUCACUGCUGUGGCUCGUGUUCACCUUUUGA